AGAACUGAUAACGUCAAUAUUGGUAAAUGUGAUUCUCCGGUCAUAUCUAAGUGUUCACGAGAUAACACAUGCAGUAACUGACAGUAAUAAUUCAGAGACAGUUCAAUAAGACCACGUGCCAACGAUUAAGUUACAAUUACUACACUAGAUAACAUCACUGACGUUAUCAUCAUUACAAAGAAGUCAACAAUACGCAGAUACAUCAGACUGUCCAACAAUUGCUACGGCGUGAUAAUCCAAUGAACGUUCAGAAUAAACCAAAUAUUUAUACAAUAAACAAUGCCGCGCCACCCUCAUACGACGAGGCAACUGGAUCAUCUACAUCAACGCCAUACAAUCCACAAUUCGAUCAAAGAUAUCCACCUGUAGUAGUCGGUCUGUCAUCUUCGGGAGCGUUUACGCCUAAUACAUAUCCACCUAAUUAUUAUCAAGGUAGAACACCUAUUCAAUCGUCUUAUCCACAAUAUGAAUCAGCGGAACAGCAAAAUCAACCAACGACCAUAAUUUAUAGCAGACCGUUGAUAACGGGGACUAGAGAAGACAAAUCAUGCAAGUUUGUUCGAAUAGUCUUGGCACUACUUAUGUUGGCAAUUCCAAUCAUUUUUUUAAUAAUAAUAUUUAAUUCUAUUCUAAAAUAAAUAAUAAUAAGAGAAGCGUAAUAUGUA